CCCACCCUCUUACUAGAGGAUUGCUCCUCUCUUCCUGUUCUCAGGCAUCUUCAGGUUGUCUUUGUGAUAUGGAGAGGAGAAAAGGUGGAUCACAACAUUAGAAACAACAACACAAUAAACUAACAAAUACAAGUUCACAUCAUAUUUGAAAUCGAUCCAGCUCAUGAGCUAAUCCAGAUCAGGCUGAAAACAUGGCUAGUUUGGUGGCAGGAUAGCAGGAACGUGCAGCCUCCUGUAUUUCAUUCAUUGUUCCUUCACCAGAAGAAGCACCAAAGGAGAAAGACCUCAGUGGACUACAUCACCUCUUCAUUCCUGCCUUCAAUGGAUCCUGCCAUGGAUUCUAAUGCAAUAUACAAUGGUACUACUGGAUUCCCAAACAACAGUACCUAUAGUCCAGAAGAUGAUGCCUAUUUUACAAGACUGUUUGUAGUAUUAAUCUUUGUUAUUCUGGUUAGUCUUUUUGGAAUGGUGGGGAAUGGAACGGUCAUCUGGAUUCUUGGGUUUUGUAUGAAGAGGAAUCCUUUCACCACCUACAUCUUGAAUCUUUCAGUUGCAGACUUUGCUUUCCUCAUAGAUCUAGAUCUUGAAAUUAUAUGUUCAUUUUUAAAUUCCUUCUAUGAUACAAACUGUCCUGUUGUUCUAAUUUGGUUAUUACCCAGACUCUGCAGUUUCACAUUUGGUAUGAGUCAAUUUCUACUGGCGGUCAUCAGCAUUGACAGGUGUGUUUGUCUCUUCUUCCCCCUUUGGCACAAGUGUCACCGGCCACCAUAUUUGUCCACUACUGUGUGUGCCACAAUAUGGAUUGUCACCUUCCUAAUUUCUGCUAUUGAUUUUGCCCUUGCCAUCUUUAUUGACUAUUUUGAAUUAUGGUACUAUCAGUUUGUCCUCAAUACUGUGCUUUGCAUGCCAGCCAUGACUAUCUCCACAAUAGCCAUGUUAAUUAAUGUCUUCUUCCUGUCGCCACACCAUAAACGGGGAUUAAUUUUAAAAUCCAUUUUGUUGGCCCUUCUCUUCUUCCUCUUCUUUGGUUUUCCAGUAAAUGCUUCUGUAUUAUUCCAAAUGUAUUACAUUCCUACAUCCCCUUAUUUUAACCAUUACGCUGCCAUUGGCACCUCUAUUAACAGUGCUAUUAAUCCUCUCAUCUAUUUCCUGGUAGGAAGAGAUAAAAAGGCUCAGUCUAGGGGAAGAAUAAAAAAAAUACUGUACAAGCUUUUCCAGGAGGAGGGAUCCUGCAAGGAGGAUGUUGAAUCCUCACUAGACACACAUCUUUGAUCCCAGUAAGAGAAAUUUCAAAUUACAGCUCAAAUUAACUGGAUGUCUUUAAAACUUUUGAUGAAAUAUGUUAGUAAAAACCUUCUAUAGUCGAAGAAAAUGUGAUCCUUGUUACCUAAUCACACUAGAAAUACAUGGAUGA